GUUUCGAACGCAUCGUGCUCUUUAAUCUGUUGGUGUUGAUUGCUAGUUGCUUAUUAUUAACGGUUAUCAUUAAAACAGAAGUGAAGUGAAAGUAGCUGGACACUGUCUGUUGAAGUUUGAUUCAAGUGUUAAGGACACAGCAAGGCCAAAGGCCAUUCAGAAGUACAAGUGACGUGUGAUUAAAGUUUAAAGACAUGCCGCGACCAUCACGUGAAUCUCUCGGCGGUCAAAAGCCGCCGUUUUCCUACAUUUCGCUAACAGCCAUGGCGAUCUGGAGUUCACCGGAGAAGAUGCUUUGCCUCAACGACAUCUACAAGUAUAUCACGGAUCGGUUUCCGUACUAUCGCAACAACACUCAGCGCUGGCAGAACUCAUUGCGGCACAAUCUUAGUUUCAACGAUUGUUUCAUCAAAGUACCCCGUCGGCCGGAUCGCCCCGGCAAGGGUGCCUACUGGACUCUGCACCCGAAGGCUUUCGACAUGUUCCAGAACGGAAGCCUUCUCCGUCGGCGUAAGCGCUUCAAGCUGCACGAAAGCGACAAGGAAAGUUUGAACGAAGAAUUCAUCGCCUUGGCUAAUAUGAAUCGGUUCUUCAUGUCCCAGGGUGGACAGUUCCACGAUCCUUACUACGCACAUAUGCCGGAAAAUAUCAGCCCAAAUAUGCUGUACGCUCCGAUCUCGCCGCCUCAGUCACCUCCGGAAGCACUUCGAGCAACGAGUCAAUCUCCCGAGCAGCCACAAUCAGCUGGGCUUGGCGGGUUCCAGAGCCACGGAGGACUAACAUCAGCUCCCGUGUCCAAACCAAAGCGAUCAUUUACCAUCGAAAGUCUGAUCGGUUCGGACGAUUCGGACAGCAAGGAAGAAUGCUCCUCAUCUGACUCGGAAGAUUACUCGGUUCCGUCGUCUGCGAGCACGCAAAACUCCCAACAUAUGGAACAGCUGCGAGCAUCCAUCCACCUCAGCCAUCAGAUCCAGGCCCAGCAGCAGGCUGCAUUCAACGAAUAUGCGGCCGCGGCAGCUGCCGCCGCUGCUCAUCAUCAUCACCAGCAGCAAGUGGCAGCCGCCGCAUCACUCGCUGCUUCCAACGGUGCUCCAUACGGCAUUCAUCCACUCCUGAUGCCGAUGGCCAAGUUACCAGGGCCCGGAUAUUUCCUGCCAUCGUAUCAAACACCGUCGGCACCCUAUCACCAUUUGCAGCAACCGUCGGAACCGCAGUCAGCGCACUUGCGGGAUCCUCGUAACGAAACUGCCAUGGUGUUGGGCUAGAUUUCACCGAUAUUCGACCACCAGGACCACCACCUCAACCAAAUUAGAGAGACUUAGUUGAAACUCCACUGUUCCCAAAUUCUCGAUUCGAUUCCGUUUAUUUUCUAGAUGUGUAGUGGAUAGAAUUAUUUAUUAGCUUCGCUCUCCGAAGGAAAACAAACAAACUGCAAUAUUGACUUCGACCAUGAUUCGGUGCAACUCUCGACAGUGCGGCUGGAGCCAUAGUGACCUCGGUAUAGUUGUUCAAGUGUUAUGCUCGUAUUUAUGUAGGAAGCUGCCACCGCCGCGUAUUAUUAUGGCUAGCGCAUUAGGCAAAGAAGAGAGACUAUAAUAUAUGAGAGAUAGUUUUCAUAAAACAGAUAGAAAUAAAGUCAUUGUGAUGUCCUUAGUUAGUAGCUACACGCAAUACCUGCCCCUCACUAGAUUUUUAAGUUGCAUUAAUGGACUGAAUGUUUUUUUUUUAUUUUAUAAAACUAAAUAAAUUAAUU